GGAGAGGAGAGAAUUAGAAACGCGGAGAACAGGAAGAAGAGUGAGAAAGAGAGAGAGAGAAGGAGAGAAUGUCUGCUGAGAGGGUGGCUCUUCCUUGCUCACAAACCGGCCCUCGCUGAGACAUCAUGGGCUGUAUUGGCUCCCGGACCAUCACGGCAGAUGCAGUUCCCGUUCAAAAAGAUGGGGAGCAGGAGUCGUUCACAAGCUGCACACACUCAUCACUGGCAAACGAUAUGACGAGUUCGCAGCAUGGACGUGCCGAGUUUUCCUGGGAAGGAAUCAAUCUGUCCAUGGAGGACACCACCUCCAUCUUACCUCGUCUGAAGCGGAACUCCAACGCCUAUGGGAUUGGAGCUCUGGCUAAGUCCUCUCUGACAGGUGUGUCAGGUGUUUCUAGAUCAAUGAAGGACAAAGUGACCAAGCCCACUGCCAUGGCUCAGGGUCGUGUGGCCCAUAUGAUUGAGUGGCAGAGCUGGGGCAAGCCAUCAGCAGGACCGGAGGGGGGAGCAGGUCGCUCCAAUCUUAAUCGUGAGAGGGAGAGACGGCUUGAAAAUGAUGCCUAUAGUGACUUGAGUGAUGGGGAAAAAGAGGCACGAAUGGCAGCAGGAAUUAUGCAGCAGUUUGCCAUCUCUGAAGCCGCACUUUUAGGCUGGACAUUUAUGGAUGGAGACAGUCUCUGUGCCGACUCCAACCAGGGCAGUGUAGCUCACCUCAGUGAGGUCAACCAGGAGAGCAUCACCAGCAGAGACCAGCCAUUGCAUCAUUCUUCUGCAGAUGUGUGGCCUCACACCUACGUCUCCCAAGGCCUUUACUGCCUCUCCUCCUCUGAUGCAUGGGAGCCAAUCAGCAAUGAGCCCUCGGGCGUGGCCUCUCCUGCUACUAGCUCGUAUAUCAUGGCGGGCGGGGCUUCGGGUGAGGGUUAUGAUGGCUCCACCCACUAUUUGACACAGCAGCAGCUGACAUUGCAGCAGCAGAACAACUUACAGCAGUUCCAGCAGUAUCAGCAGUACCAGCAGCAACAGCUCCUGCAGUACCAACAGACUUUGGAACAUCGACUGCACAGCACCUCCCAUUCCCUACAGGCCACACCCAACAGCACUAUACAUAGUUUGGGCCCACCUACUCACCCGAGACUGGCUGACUUGUGGGCUGCGGCUCAGGUGGAGCCUCAUCAGGUGGAGAUGAUGGGACAAAUAAGUGUCACCAUGGGAGAAAUGGGAAUGGCAGAAGUGUACGGAGAAGAGUCUGUCCCAGAGAAUGAAUGCAUUCCUGAACAGCAAGAGGAGGAGGAAAUCAAGGAGGACGAUAUAACAUUAACUCUCGAACCUGAGCCCACAUCUGUAACUCCUGCCCUGACCCCUCCACUUCAGAGAGAAGACUCCACCCCACCAGGGGGCAUGAGUCCAGGACAAGCACCAGCAGAGCCAAUGGCUGAGCACAUGACCUACGAGGUCACAUCCUGCGUCGUCCAAUCACUGGAGGAGAAGGAAGAGAAGGUGAAGGAUGGAGCCGUGGUAGUUGUUGCAACCAACUAACAGUUCAAAUCAAAGCAAAGGACAAUAUGGCAAACAAAACAAAACUGUCUGUGAAAUAAUCUACCAGUUAAGCUAUUGUAAACGCCCUUUUACCCCCGAUAUGUACUCCUAUCGACUGUCUCACAUGGCGAAGGCCAUGACAGGAACAGAUUUAUUCUUUAUUAACCAACAGUGAUGGAGGACAAGGUGACAGAAUAGACUCUUGGAGUUCCGAGGCACAUAUAGAGACUAAAUAUGUGUCAAAGCUAGGAUUGAUGCGUUAUGUGCUGCUGUGGAACGCUAGAGUUUUAUGGCAUAGAAGAGGUGGAGUCCAAGUACACUUGCAAAUGAAUUUGAAGAGUGCAAUACUGAGAAAUCAAUACAACCAAAAGAAAGUGCAUGCCUUUUUUUUUUUUUUUUUUUUUAUUUAGUAUUUAAGUGACCCAGAACUAACAGUAUAUGCAUAGUAAUAAUAUAAAUGUUGAUUUUUGUAAUAAAACUAAAAGCCAAUGAAACAGUAUGUAUUUGUAUGUAUAUAUAACAUGUAUGUACUGUAUGUAUGUUAGUACGAAUGUAUGAAUGUAUGUGUCUUUAAAGGUAUAUUCUGAAAAACGUGUUACGAAUUUGACGUUUGGCAAAGCUGUUGUGUGAAGUGCCCCCUAUGUACUUUACCUCCAACACACACACACACACACACACACACACACACACACACACUGAUGCCCACAUAAACACACUUGAAAACAUGUUUUUGCUCUUUAUAUAAUCAAGCACAAUACUGCCCGACUGGAAACAGUGCUGCCCUUUUUAACAUCCUAACUGUAUUGUUACUAAGACUUAUGCACUACUAUGGACAUAAACGAAUGUAUUGCCCAUCUUCUUCAGUGAUGCCCUAGUUCUGUCCUUAAAGGGAUGGUUCACCCCAAAAUGAAUGUGAAAUUAAAAAUAAAUAAAUAAAUGAAAAUUCUGUCAUCAUUUAUUCACUCUCAGGUGGUUCCAAACUGUUCUGUGGAAAACAAAAGCAGAUAUAGAAUUUUAGCCUCAGUCUCCAUUCACUUUCACUGUAUGGAAAAAGGAUUCAUACAAAAUGACAUUUUAAGAAAAUUGUGACUGACAUUAACAUGCUGCCUAACAUAUUUUGUUUCCACACAAGAAAGAAAGUCAUACAGGUUUGGAAUAACAUGAGGGUGAGUUAAUGAUGACAUAAUUUUAAUUUCAGUGUGAAUUAUCCCAUUAAGUUUUUUGUUCUACUCUUUUAUUUUUAUUGAUGUCUGUGUUUAUCUGUUUGUGUACUGCCUGGCUGAGCUGCUCAAUAUUGAUUUGCACUGAACAGCGUACAUAAACAAACAAAGGAAAACUGAAGAGUCAUCAUCAUUCCAGAAAGCGCCAUCAAUAUUCACGUGCAACAACAGCAUCAAUAAAGUAAACUUUUGAUAUUUUUAAUCUGUUGAGUCUGAAACUACAGGAAAUUAAAGGGAAAUCCUGAGGAUGACUCAAAUUUGUGGAUAUUAUCCAUUAAUUUCCAAUUUUUUUUUUUAAUCAAGUAGACAAUAAGGCUGAUCUGUAUGUAGAGGCCAAAUCAAACCAUUUGCUUCAGAAAUACAUUAACCAUUCAUAAAAUACAUAAUCUUAAAGGGAAAGUUUAGCCUAAAAUGAAAAUUCUGUCAUUUAUUCACCUUGAUGUUUUUCCAAACGCAUUUGACAUCCUUUCUUUCGUUGAACAAAAAAGUAGAUUGUAAUCACUGACAUUCUUAGUCACCAUUCACUUUCAUUGCAUCUAUUUUCCAUACAAUGAAAGUGAAUGGUGACUGAGGCUGUUAUUCUGUCUGACAUCGCCUUUUGUGUUCCACGCAAGAAGGUAAAUCUGAAAGUUUGAAAGUUACGUUUGAAACAACAUGAGGGUGAGUAAAUGAUGACAGAAUUUUUGGGUAAACUAUCCCUUUAAGUCAUUCAUUUCAAACUGGCAUAAAUGCAAAGUGAUAAACUAUACCACAGUCUAGUGGUACUAAAAUCUGUCUACCACACUAAAGUCAUGUGGUAAUGGGGUAUACAGUGUAUGACAUGUAUGGUAUUAAGCAUUGGUCACUGUAUGUUUUUGUCAUGACAGACCAUAUGACUGUGGACACAUAGGCAGUGCUACACACUCUCACGGCGAAAUCGUAAGGAUUCAUACGACUUUUCUAAAUUUGGCUUAUCAUAUGAUAUUGUAGACUGCACUCAUAUGAAUUCGUACGACUUUCACUACAGCCAAUGAUGUCGCUGGACAUCGUUGCCAUCUAAUAUGCGACAGUUACUUGCUUCUGUUAAACAGAACAGUUUCCUAUCAUGUUUACACAUUCUACUGAUCGGCAGGGUUGGGAGAGUUACUUUUGAAAUGUAUUCCACUACAGAUUACAGAAUACAUGCUGUAAAAUGUAAUUUGUAACGUAUUUCGUUAGAUUACUCAAGGUCAGUAACGUAUUCUAAAUACUUUGGAUUACUUCUUCAGCACUGGUAGAUUUUUUCACUUGUUUUGACUAUAAAAACUCUGCCAGUACAGUAAGACAAAAUACACAUGUUAAAAAUACAUUCUCUGAAAAACAUAAAUAUCUUAUGCAGUGUUGUUUCUAAAACAAGAUAAAUCAAAUUUAUCUUUUUUUUUUAAGGAUUUUUAGAUAUUUUUACAGGAAAACAAUACAAAAAUUAUUAUCAAGAAUAUGAUUUUUGCCCUAAUAUCAAAGGUCUUACUAGAAAAAAAGAAAUUAUGAUCCAACGUGAAUUUUCUUGAUAAAAAAAUAUGAUCAUGCAUAUAAAAUAUAAAAAUGAACAUGCAUGUAAAAUGGCUAGAAAUAGCAUUUUAGCUUAGCAUAAAGCUGACAAUUUACACAAGGUUUAUUUCUAUUUCUUCUGCUACAAACUUACUUCAAACUUACUUCUCUGUCUGCUCGUAUGAAUGUAACACAUCAUAAGAAAGUGUUUCGCCGCUGUUCAAAUGCAGUUUGGAUCGCAUCAUUUAUAUGUAUAAAUGUUUUCCAUCUGAAAGGACUAAAUAUUAAAUGAAACAAAUGACAAUAAAAUGCAAAGUAAUCUCUUCAGUAAUCAAAAUACUUUUUGAAUGUAACUGUAUUCUAAAUACCAAUUAUAUAAAUUGUAACUGUAGUGGAAUACAGUUACUUAUAUUUUGUAUUUUAAAUACGUAAUCCCGUUACAUGUAUUCUGUUAGUCCCCAACCCUGCUAAUCGGUUAGGUUUAGAUAAGGCAUUUGGUUAAGGGCAUAAGAUUAAUAAUCAUGUCCUUAACGCCUCAUGCGCGAAACUUGUGCUUUCUUCCGUAUUAGACAUACAGGCAUUUGCACGUGAUGAAAUCAUACAAAUUUAUAUGAAUGAACUCUUACAAAAUCAUACGAAAUUGACAACUCUUAAAAUAUAUACGAAUGUGCUUUUCUGCUUGCAGGCUUUUCACUAAUUAUGUCAUAUAUAAUAAGCUGUAAUUUAGAUACUAGUGUGCACAUGUCAGAUCUUUGUCAUACAUUGGUAUGUUCUGAAAGAAAAAAGAAAAGAAAAAACAACAAACAGUAAAGUUGUGUUUUGGAUGUGGCAUUUGUAAAGGCAUUUGUUUGACGUUUUGCUCUUGGUAAUAAUACCAUUAUGCAAUGCUGAGGCAACAUUUAUUUUCUAUACUAACGAGGCCUGCGAUUUGCCAUUCUUUGUGAUAUUUCUAACAUUGUAUGUAUGUAGUAUCAGCUGAAAGAGAGAAUUUUUCAUGGGUCUGAUGGGUUGUAUUUGAGAAAAUUAAGAAAGGCAAAUUAGCAACCAUUUAAAAAGGACAAAAUGAAAAAGAAAAGAAAAUAUGUUGUUAUCUAUUCUCAGAUUGAAAUGUUUAAAAAUGGAUGAUCUCUCAUGUUUAUCAAACCUCUGUCGAGAGGACAAAAUGACAAAAAUAUUCUCUCAAAAACUUCAAUUUCAGAGCCUCUUUGUAAAUGUCCAAAGGAUGGCAAUGUAAAUGGCUGAGAGCAAUUAUUACAUGGGGCUAUAACUAAUGAUGUGACUAUUCACUAAUGACUAGUGAAAUAUGAUGAAUUUAGAAUACACUCAGAAUGAAAAAGUUAUACAAUGAAAUCAAAAAGGAUUUCUGAUUAUGUACAAAUAUAGCUAGGUAGGUAGCAAUUUUGCAGUUUCCUUCAACUUCAUUCAUUGUGUCAUCCUGUAUCAUCAUAUUUAAAUCAUAUGCAUUUUAAUGUGCUGUAAA